AUGUUACUUUUGUUUGUUUGUGGGAGGAAGACUUGGGCAACAAAAGGUGAGGAGUUGGAAGAAGCUAAAAAAGAGUUUAUUGAGAUACUAAAGACUCUUCAAUCUGAGCUCGGAGAUAAACCUUACUUUGGCGGCGAUAGAUUCGGGUUUGUAGACAUUGUCUUGAUUGGAUUCUACAGCUGGUUUCCAGCAUACCAGAGAUUUGGUAACUUCAGCAUCGAACCAGAGUGUUCCAAACUAAUGGAUUGGGCCAAGAGGUGUAUGGAGAGAGAGAGUGUGGCUAUGUCCUUGCCUGAUCCUGACAAAGUUGUUGGAUACGUUUUACAGCUUAAAAAGUUAUAUGACUCGGCAACAAUGGCGGAAGAGGUGAUCCUUCUAGAUUUCUGGCCGAGCCCGUUCGGUGUGAGAGCGAGGAUCGCGCUGAGGGAGAAAGGAGUCGAGUUUGAGUACAGAGAAGAGAAUCUGAGGGACAAGAGUCCCUUGCUUCUCCAGAUGAAUCCGGUUCACAAGAAGAUUCCGGUUCUCAUUCAUAACGGUAAACCGGUUUGCGAAUCCAUGAACGUAGUCCAGUACAUCGACGAGGUCUGGUCCGACCGAAACCCCAUCCUUCCUUCCGAUCCAUACCAGAGAGCUCAAGCAAGAUUCUGGGUCGAUUUCAUCGAUACUAAGUUGUACGAGCCAGCGGAUAAGAUCUGGUCUACAAAGGGCGAGGAACAAGAGACAGCCAAGAAAAAGUAUAUUGAAGUACUGAAGGUUCUUGAAUCUGAGCUUGGAGACAAACCUUACUUUGGUGGAGAUAACUUCGGUUAUGUAGACAUUGCCAUGACUGGUUAUUACAGCUGGUUCGAAGCAUCUGAGAAAUGCGGUAACUUCAGCAUCGAACCAGAGUGUCCCACACUAAUGGCUUCGGCCAGGAGGUGUUUGCAGAGAGAAAGCGUGGUUAACUCUCUCGGUGACUCCGAGGAGAUCGUUGCGUUCGCCUUUAAGAUUAGGAAGAUAUAUUGUGUAUGA